AUGAAGAUUUUCGUGUUUUUCACAGUACUUUUUUGGGUUACUGUAGAAAAUGCAGGUAUGUUCCUUUAAAAAAAUUGAAAUUUCUUCGAAAAUCACCGUGUAUUUCUCUCGAACAAAAUAAGUUUUUUAAAGGCGCAUUGAAAUACCGUCGGCUGGUCAACAAAUGGUCUCACAGCGAUUGUGUUCGACCGUGGCAAAUUUCGAUGAUGACAAAACCGACGCUUCGGGUCCCGGCACGACCAAUCGAAUGUAAUCCGGAUGAGGAGAAAGAUGAGGUACGGUAGGCGGGAUUUUUUUGGAGCGGGAAGUUUGAAUUUUUUAAAUAUAAAUUUUGGGCUGAGAAUCCACGUGGAAAAUCUUCAAAAUUCUGAACUUUAAAUUUUUGCAGAACUGUCCAGCUGGUCGAAAUUCAAUCUGUCAAUAUUCACUCAAAACUUUGCGCUACAUUUGCUGCGAGGAUAAAAAAGACGCGGAAAUUCCAAGUGAGUUUUUCCGCAAGCUUCCGCAUUGCCUUCCGCAACCACGCCACUCUUUUUCCAGCCUGUCCAAAAUAUCACGAAACACUUCUGCUAACUUGCGGCGGAAUUUCGGCAGCCGGUCAAUGUCCGCGCGGUUUCCGCUGUCUUUCAAGCGUUCAAGAUGACACCGUGAAGCUAUGCUGUAAGCCGAAUCGAACUUUGACCUACAAAGAACCUGAGAGCAGUGAGUUGACCGACAAAAGUCGAUUUCCGCAACCUUUUUUCCAGCCUUCCGCGAAAACCGCAUCGUUCCGCGUCUCCUUCCAAUUUCACCAGCUCAUGAAUUAACUGUAAGCUCUAUUUCUUAAAAAAAACAUUUUUCAAACGACACUCCGCAUUUACAGGCCUCAUUCCAAGGCGAAAAAAUCACUAUGGGUCAACUUUUUGAUGCUCAAAAUUUGGAGCAACUUUCGGAGCCGCCUGUGAUGUCAUCUGCUGUCGAAUUGCAUGAUGAGAAAUUAUAUACGAUUAUUUUAGUUGGUGAGUUCGGGAAAAACUACGAUGCUCCGCGUUUACACGGGGGAAAUUGGAAUUUCUGGGCAAACAAUGCACUAUGUAAACACGGAGCAUCGUUAAAUUUCUCAAAUCUUGCAACUUCCCCGCCUCGUAAACCCGGAGCAUCGUUGUAUCGCAGAUUCCACGUCAAAAACCGUAUCUUGGAUGGUUGCCAACAUUGCCGCUUUCGAUGGUCAACUCGAAAUUCAUCGCCGCACAAAAUCAGCAGUGACAUAUCAGGCGCCAGAUGUUGAGGAUCAACCAGCAGGUGAGUACGACGCUCCGCGGUUACAGCGCAGAAAGAGUUACUCAGUCAAGUACGCAGCCAAUUUCAGGAAUUCACACAAUGGUUUUGGCUCUAUUCCAACAAUCCGACACGUGGUCUCAACGCGAUUUGUCGCGCAUCGCCGCCGACGACGAAUUCUCACUUGCCACGUGGAUUUCGGCGAACUCGGAAAUCAUUGAACCUCAACCAAUUGCCGCCACUUUCUAUGGUUUCUCGACGAAGAAAGAUGAUCGACGAUUUUUGUGA